GUGCAAUUGUAUCGCGAAUAAAAUGGGAGCAUGAUGUAUCUAUACUCGUGGAUAUUUGUUUUUCUUUCAACUCUCACAAACAUAGCUUGUGAAACGACAGUUGCCCCUAGUGUGUGUACCACACCCCUGACAGCAACAUUGAGGGAUGACCAGUUUUCAUCCUCUUCUUUCUACGACGACGAACAUAAUGCAACUGCCGCGCGAUUUAGCCAAGGUGGUUGGAUGGCAAAAGAUAAACGUGCAGACUAUGAAUAUGUGCGCAUUAACUUUGAUGGACAGUGGGAAAUUACCGCCAUGGAAUUCAAACGUAGAGGGUCGGGAUACUAUUCACAUUCUUCUUUAAGGCUCACGUACAGCUCCGACGGAUAUGUGUGGACUGUCUACAACUCCCAGUUUUCAUCACGAAUACUUGGAGAGGACUUCAAACAAGAAGGAUCCUAUUCGACUAAAGUCUUAUUUUAUCCAACAAUACAGGCACAAUACAUCGCUUUUCACCCUAAAGAUUACGCGGUUCUCGCUGUCGAGUUGUACGGAUGUGAACUGCGGGAUUCGCAAUCGGCUACAAGCAGUCCAACUCACGUUGACAACUUAAUCGAUAUCGACAGUACAUGGACAGUGAGCCAGAGCCCUUUUUUGAUCAAUAGCCCCGUAACAGUAAAACCAGGAGUAACAUUGGACGUCCAGGCUGGCGUAGAUAUUGUAUUUACGUCAAUCAACUCUUCCAUUGAAGUUCUUGGCACAAUGGCUACGCACGGGGUGCCCGGAUUGACUGUUCUAUUGACCUCCAGCAACCCCGUUGUUUGGCAGCCUUCACAGUGGAAGAGCGUCAAGCAGGGUACAGGAGGGAAUCUCAACAUUCAACAUACUGUCAUUCGGCAAGGAAACUAUUGUGUGCAUGGAAACGGAAGUAGAACGCUUAUUUCUAGUUCGGAUAUCACAUUUUGCGAUGUAGGAAUAACUUUAUUUGGCGGCAACGACAAUGAAAGUGCUCAUGAAAGUGCAGUUGUUUAUACAAAUGUCAUUUACAGCGGCAGCGGUUUGAGAAUAUACAGAAGAUAUAAUAAUAGCUACUUUUCUGUGAGAAGUUCAAACUUCGAACAUAAUAAUAACGACGGGAUACAGAUAUUGAAUUUUGAAAAUGACGAACAACCCGAUUUGGGAACCGAUUUGAGAAUUGUUAACUGUUCUAUAAGUUUCAAUAGCAGACAUGGAUUAUAUCAUGACGAUAAAAUACCAAUAACACUUUCUGUUGAACUGUCAAAGGUUCAAAACAACAAACAACGGGGUGUAUUUUUCGAAAAUAAUUACAGAAUUAAGUCUAACUUCAAAAUCAACAUUAUGAGUACUAUAUUUGAAACCAAUAGGGAAGGUGGUUUUAAAUUUUAUUGCUUUUAUUGUGCAUCUUUCACUUUUAGAGCCGUAAAUGCUACCUUCUUGUCACACGACAGCCAGGCUGUCGAAAUUUAUAACUAUUUCUACCCGGAUACUUAUAGAGAUGAAAAACAAUCACUGGAAAUAAGAAACUGUAAAUUUACAGAAAACAAAAAGGAUUUGGAACUGCGUUUAUAUCCAUCGGGUAUUGUCAAUGUUCUAAACAGUCGAUUCACAGCUUCUUCCUUAAGUGCGGUUGACAUUAAAAUGUCUUCUGAUGCCAAGAUCAUCGGUUAUGUACUGAUAUCCGGAAAUAUGUUCGAUGGCAUCUUUGGUGAAAGUUACUCCGUCAAGUCAACGAUCAAAGUAGACAACGCACUGUCAAAAAUUGUUUUCAACAGUUUUACUAAUACUUCGACGCCAAACAUAUUGCAUAUUGGGUCAGGUUUCAACCAUACCAUCUCUCAUAACAGAUUUAUCAACAGUUCAAAAUCAACGUGCUUUGUAACAACAGGGCAGCUAUUUCACCCAACACAGGCGAUAUAUGCUGAUUAUAAUUACUGGGGAUCAAGAGACGAAAAUGUAAUCCGACAAAAGAAAUGUGAUUUCUUCAUUAAUUCAAAACUGGCCGUCAUCAAUGUUUCAUUUUACUUCUUGGCUGAACAGUUAACGGAUGAACAAAGCUCUGAGAAUUUGGAACUAUUCAAAGAAGCAAAUGCGGUUGGUGGAGAAAAUGUGACUGUCAUAGGUGGGGUUGUAAAACAGAAUACAAGCAUUGUAGGCUUUGACGGAAAUAUCAUGUUGAAUAGAAGCAUCAUAGUUUUGGAAGGUGCCAGACUUGCCUUAGGCAAUGUCAGUGUUUUAGUUGCAAGUGAAAGAGGAAUAGUAGUAUACGGGAGGCUCGAAGACGAAUUUGAAAAAGCGAAUGAACACAAAUUUUUUAGUAUUGACAGCAGUUGGAACGGCUUUUCGCUCUAUAACGCAUCUUUGAGAAUAUCAAACGUAAACAUAAACGGUACGCAAACGUCCUUUAACCUGUUUGGUAAAUGCGAGGUAGGACUGGACCGUAUCAAGGCAGAAGAUAGUUCUCAAGAAAGUUUUAUGUAUGUACACGACGUUGACAACUCAUCAAUCACUAUUGCAAAUACUUUGGUGAAAGUGAAAAAACACAUGUUGCACUUACGUGAGGAUUCGACGACAAAGGCAAUGUCUGUUGACUUGCAAUUAUUAAACAGUACUUUUGCAAAUGCCGACCGAUACAAUACUCUUCUAUAUAUACGAUGUUGCUCUUGUCACUUAAGAAUAAUUGCUGUUGGUUGUAACUUUGCAUCGAUGUAUGAGGACACAGUCUAUUUGCACACAUUAACGUUGAAUAUGAACGCAAACGGCAACGUUUUUGGGAGAGGAAAAACAAACCUGGAUUUUCAAACUUGUCAACACGAUAACACAAGCCGAGAGGUCAACAUCACAAACAACGUGUUUAUGUCGUCAUCAGCUGGAACAAAUAUUUUCUUACAUCGGCAGUAUGGUGACAGUAACAGGGCAAAUCAUGUGUUUAAUAUCGUUGGAAACAAAGGAACACAUUCCGGUUUAGCUCUUCGAAGUUUUUUGAAAAGCGAUAGCUAUUGGUAUGGUCAUCGACAUGACCUCUUUCUGAGCUCUAAUACAUUUGAAGAAUUCACAAAGAGUGUCCUUGAAAUAAGCUCUUUUUUUCAGAAUAUAACGAUUGAGAAAAAUAUUUUUGUGAAUAAUCAAAGAUGCUUAUUUUACACUGGGCAACACCAAGAUACAUUUAAGUCAUUUGAAGUAAAAAAUAAUAGUUUUUUCAAUAACUCCGACAACGAAGGAAUUGUUCAUAUAUCAAGCAACGAUUUUCGCAUUGGAGAGGCCAAAAUGCAACUAAACUCAUUUUAUAAUAACACAGGUGUAAUCAUAGCGAUGAAGCCAACUGAUAUAAGUUUGAAUUUCAACGUUUUUGAAAACCCGAUGUCAAUAUACAAUUUAAAGGCUAUAGGAAUGUCCGAGGCUGUUCUGAAUGCAUCGUACAAUUUCUGGGACUCAUUGGAUAAACGACUAAUUUCAAACACAAUUUACGAUAUGAGUGACGAUAGAGAACUUUUCAGUGUGACGUUUGAGCCAUAUCUUGCAUCUGAAAAUGUAUCUGAUGUAUAUGAAGAUGUUCAGGAAAACAACUUUGUUAAUGAAAAUGUUAUUGGUGGCAAAGUUGGAGGGAAUGUGACAUUAUCAUUGGUCGACAGCCCCUAUAUUCUUGCUUUCGAUGUCGACGUAGGUAUAAAUGAUACCCUAACAAUUGAUCCAGGAGUGAAAAUAGGAGUGAAGGAGAAUCGACACAUAAACAUUUUCGGAACACUUACCAUACGUGGCACAACCGACUCGCCCGUUGUCAUGGUAUCCGAGCAAAACGAUGUAUUUUGGCGAGGUUUGACUAUUCAACCUAGUUCAGUAACAUCCAUUGAACAUCUACGUAUGAAUGCAACGAUGACUGGUUUUACUGUGCAUGAAGCCUCGGUGUAUCUGAGAAACAUUUCAUCUACAUACUCACAGUCUGCUGGGAUCUCAUUUAUAGUGUCCAACGAACUCGAAACAGACGACUUUGGUGAUGUGUCGGAAGUGUUCGUAUCCAACAAUAAACUAGGCUUAAAAAUUCAAGGAACGACAACAAAUUCGAAAUCACUUGCCAUCCGAAAGUGUGUUGUUACUGACAACAAUGGAACUGGUAUUGCGGUGGAAUCGGAUGUAAGCAUUAUUAUAUCGAAUUGCUUUAUUGCGCACAAUAAUGAGAAAGGUGUUUACAUUAAACAGGAUAGAGGAGGGCAUUUUUUAAUGAAUGAAAGCACCAUUUUUAACCACUCUCGCAAGGCGAUUGAAGGUUAUCUACAUGGAGACAUAACCCUGGACAACUGCAUUAUAAAAGGUCAUAAAUGCGGUUAUUUUGAUUAUCGUCAACGUUGGAUAUCUCUACCAUCGGUGUUACUACAGGAAAUGUACUCGACUGUGUCGCAUACUAUACGAUUGCUAAGCACGCGCUUUGAAAAUAAUUUAGAUGAAGGCGUCCUUUUAGAUUUUCAAGGUUCUGAAGUGGAAGUAAUUGUUAAUAAUAACACAUUUGUGGGUGGAAAUCGGACACUCAUGUUUCAAGGAUCACGUUUUUGGCGAAGCAGUUAUACAAUGAAGUUUAUAAAUAAUACAAUUGAAAAUAACGUUUUGUAUAGCGACAUUAGCGCAUUCCUUACCGUUGAUCAUACACUUUUAAAAGAGGGCUUUAUCACAGAAAAUAUUUUUAGGAAUAACAAAGGACCUAUAGGCGUAAAGAUAAAAGAGGAUACUGAGGAAAAUUGUGCAAAUAUUGCAAUAAAUCGGAAUACAUUCAUGGAUAACACUUUUGCCUCAAGUCAUAUUCAUUUACUUUCUACAUGCAAUGUUUCGUUGAACUUGAAUAUUUUCAAAGAAGAUGAAAACAGUUGUUUUCUUAAGGUCCCUGAAUUUGCUGAAUCAAAGUAUGUAAAUGCAACAUAUAACUAUUGGGGAACGUCGAAUUUAUCUGAUGCUGUGGAAAGAAUAUGUGGAUUUGAUAAGGACAUGCGUCAUUUAUAUGUCUUUUACCUACCUAUGUUCGAAGACGAGGGACUGCAGAGAUUGGUUCUUGGAGAGAACUUCAGCAAAGAUAAGUUACAUUCGAACGGUGGAUAUAUUGAGGAUGAUAUUGAGGUGUCUGGUGUACUGUCCAUCAGUCGCUCCAUAUUUGUGAAGACUGGAUCGAGUUUUCGUAUCAAACCAGGAUCUCGCCUGAUAUUUAAAGAAAAUAGAGGGAUAUACAUCAAAGGGAGUUUACAAGCGCUAUCAGACAACGUGAGCAUUACCUUCGAGAGUGAGGACACACAGAGACGAUGGUUUGGAAUAUAUUUUAACAACUCGGAAUCAGGGAGUAUUCCGUCAAACAUAGUCAACACACAUAUUAUGAACACUAAAUUCGGUUUAGCUAUAAGAAGUGGAGUAAAUGUGAGGAGGACCUUGAUAUCAAACUCGUCGUCCGAUUGUCUGACUAUUCUUUCAAGCGAUGGUGAAAAUGUAUUUGACUUUGAAAAUACAACGAUCGAGUUUUGUGACAAUGCUGGCAUAGCAAUAAAUUCUACACUAGAUGGGAAGGGCAAUACAAGAAUAAGGAAUGCAUGCAUUAAAAAUGCAUCCAUUGGCUUGAAUACUCAUACAGUUUACGCUGUAAACAUGACUUUGGAACAGUUAGAUUUUCGGCGUUGUAAGAAGGGACUGAUCAUCAAUUCUUACGCUGAAAAUGAUAAUACUACAGUAAGAAUUGUAGAGAACAAUUUUACCGAUAUACCUAGCAAUGUAUUGUUAUUAAACAUCCUACCGCCGAAAACAGUUGGAAACGGUGUGAACAAAACUUUUCAUAUUUCAUCGAAUUCAUUUUCAAACAGUUGUGGUAUUAAUAUUACCACUACAGCUGCAACGAUUGCAGCUUUUGCUAAUAAUUUAAUGAGGGAUUCGGAUUGCCUGUCAAACAACUAUUGCUUUUUCGAAGUGAAAUCCCUUAAUAGAACAUCAUUUGAUAUGACAGCAAAUCGUUUCGAAAACAUCAACAGUUCCUGUAUUGUUAAACUGGGAGACGGUGAUCACCUGCGAGGGAAAUUUAUUUAUAAUCAGCUGCGUAACAAUUUUGCUUCUACAAGUACGGUGGUCGCUGAUACUUAUGACUAUGACAUUUUCCACAACUUCUUUGACAACCCAUCAUCUGUAUUUGAAGUUUUGACAACACUUCAAGGUUCAAGUUAUCUAAACGUAACAAAGAAUUGGUGGGGAAGGCCAGACGAGACGUAUGUUUACCACAGAAUACACGACAAGAGUGGUGAUUCAACUUUGAUAAGAUUUAAUGUGACCCCGGUACUGACAGAGAGGGAAUUCGAUUGUCAUAAUGUCAAUAACUGUAGCGAAAACGGGGCCUGUGCUGGUCCCGACUAUUGUAGCUGCAUAUCAGGCUGGACUGGUGUUUCUUGUUCCCAACACAGCUGUAGUGAAUUAAACAACUGCUAUGGAAAUGGCGUUUGUGUUGGGCCAAAUGACUGUUCUUGUGCGCAUGGUUGGACUGGAAAGUCGUGCAUUGAAGCUUCUUGUUUUAAUGUCGGAAACUGCUCAGAUCGCGGGAUAUGCAUCAGACCGGACGUGUGCCAAUGUGCGGCAACCUUUACUGGAACUGACUGCACUGAAUGUAAACCGUUCUAUUGGGGAUCCGAGUGUCGCCCUUGUCCUAACUGCCAUCAUGGAACGUGCGACAUGCACUCUGGCCUUUGCAACUGUGAAGGGGAUAACUGGGCCGGUUACCUCUGUGACAAGUGCCAAGAGACAUUUUAUGGAGUAGACUGUAAGCCACUUAUGAAAGUACUUCAAACACUUCCAAGCACAGGCCUCGAUAAUGGCGGAUAUGAGGUGCAUAUUCGAGGUCAUAAUUUCCCACAGUCGAAUGACUAUUUUUGCAAAUUUGGAAGAACAGUAUCAAAUGGAACUUGGAUAGGACGGACCCAUGUUAUUUGUGCGGUACCAAAGCACGUCGAGGGGCGUGUAUAUAUUGAGGUAUCAAAGGACGGACAGGAUUAUACUGAUGACAAGGUAUCGUUCAAUUAUUACUCUACUUGCCCUUCUACCGCAUGUGGAAGAGAGCUGUCUCCUAGGCAUGGGCAAUGCUUAUUUGGGAAAUGUUCCUGCUUUCUCCCAUGGUACGGCAAUAAUUGUACUAUGAAGUUUCUUCCUCCAGUAAUCUUAGAACCAGACCAAAUGCAAACAAGCGAUGAAAGUGUUUUCAGUUACACAAAGAAAAUGACAAUUAUUCAAGGAGAUCUGCCGAUUCGUUGGUUACUACUUAAAGGUCCAGAAAGUAUGGACAUUGAAGAAACUUCUGGUCUCAUCAGUUGGGCUCCAGUGGUCGGAAGAGAUACUCCAUACGACAUAAAAAUACGUGCUGCGAAUAAUGUUGGGAGUGAUAUUGCGGACUUCUCAUUAAUGGUUUCCAUAAGCUACACGGCUGCUUUGCAAUCAAUUGAGCCAUCUGGAACUUUUCCUUCGCCCCGACCGGUCAGAAUAUUUGGGACAGUGUCACCGAAUGCCGCAAACAGGACAUUGCCAGUGACUUUAGUCGUUACGGGCGCUAGUACAUAUCGCCGGGAAGUGAUCAACGUUAUGACAAAUCUAAAUGAUCCUGGAACAUUUACUUGCAUCUACUACCCCUGGGCAGACGAUGUUGGAUCAUUUACUGUCACUGCACAUCACCCGGGAAGACUUGAUAUGUCAACUGGAAGUAUUUCCUGGUCUGUGCUUGGUAUGAAGUGUGACCCUGAUACUGUUCGGCUGACGCAAGAAAUCGAAAACCCUGAAGAUACAGUUUUAUUCCAAAAUGUGUCAUUUUUGACAAAUAGCGGAGAUGAUCCAUUGUACUUAAUUACUGCCGAGGUUAUAGACUUUCAAGACGUUUUUGUACAUGUAAAUGGCACCACGAAUACAUCUGAGCUUGUUAUUGAAAAGCUUGAUCCAAAAGAAGCGAUACACUUUGAUGUCAUUUUCAAGAAUGCUCGUCCAAUCCGUGGGAGUUUUCUUGUUGUAUUCUCUGCGAGAGAUGGAACACAAACUCGACUGAAAGUGUAUAUAACGGUCUCUAUUCAAAAACCAUUACUAAUCUUUAGUCCAUCGUCUGUUGAAGAGAAUGUCUUUAGAGGAACUCAGAAAAUACUUGACAUAAUAAUUACAAAUAAGGGACAAAUACCAGCAGACAAUAUCAGUGUUAGUUUGCCAAACGACCAAAGACUCUCAUUAGUUUCCAUUACUUCUAUUAAUUCGUCAACGGGGUCUUCUAUUGGAAUAACAGUAUUGACAAAUGAAAUGGCGCAGAUGACCUUGUCGUUUACAACGGGUCCGAAUGAGAAUCUUGGAGAGUCAUUCGGAACAAUUGCAUUAAAUACAUUACGUGCAUCGUUCCGGUUGCCAUACAGGUUUUACAUAUCAUCAAACGAGUUAUUUAAUGUGACAGUUAAUAUACAAGAUGAAUACACAUACUUCGCGGAUGGAUCACCGUUAGUCAGCGAUGCAAAGGUAUCUUUGAGUAAUCCAAGGCGGGGCAUCUACAAAGUCCAGGUUACGUCCUAUGAAACAGGGUUUGCUAUAUUUCGAGAACUGUAUGAAGACCUUUACACUCUUAGAGUUGAAUCUGAUAAACAUACGACAUACAAUGAAAUAGUGCUGAUCAAUGAAGACACAACAGUAAUAAAUGUAUUUCUGCAGCGUGUGGCAGUGAAAUAUACAUGGACGGUAGAGCCGACGACAUUUGUUGACCAAUAUAUAGUCAGUCUGGAGUCAACUUUUGAAACUUAUGUACCAAUGCCCGUGGUAACAGUGGAACCAGCCAUUAUCGAUACAGUUCCCUUUGAAAUAGGGGAGAAAAGUGUCAUCAACUUUAAUGUCACGAACCAUGGCUUCAUCCGGGCUGAUAAUGUGCGAUUUGAAUUACCAACAAAUCAUCCUCUACUUCUGUUUCAAUCGAGUUUGGCGAGCAUAGGAGAUGUCGACGCAAAUACCAGUGUUAUUGUACCAGUAAAUAUUACUCUAAGGGAUCGUUCGAAACGCAGUGGAGGAUCUGUAUGCGGAUUUGUAGUACUGUAUGACUACGUAUGCGGUUCAACACGCACCAAGGGAGUCCAAAUAAGUUUGAAGAACAAUUAUCCCGGCCGACCCCCGACCCCUUGUGGGAAUGUCUGGGGAUUCCUUAUAGGUGGUGGUGGUAGUAGUGGUAGUGGUGGUGGUGGAGGAGUUAUAACGUACAACCCUGUUACCCCACUACCGUGUGAUUGUAUGAAGACGCUGGUCAAAAGCUGUUUGUUAGCAUUUAUACCGGGAGUUGGCUGUGCUUUAUCUGCAGAAGGAUAUUAUAACGCAGUUCUAUCCACUCUUAUCAAUAUAGCGAAAGGGUCGUCGCAAAAUAAAUCUUAA